AUGACUGUCUUGGCCCGCGGGACACUGGUUUGGGCCCGCGGGACACUGGUUUGGGCCCGCGGGACAUUGGUUUGGGCCCGCGGGACAUUGGCUUGGGCCCGCGGGACGUCGGGAAGCAGUGUCCUCUACGUGCGCGGACUGAGAAAGGCAGAGGCUGGACAUCAUUUGGCUGUCGUCAUCCCCUUCCGGGAGAGGUUUUCCGAUCUCAUAGUGUUCAUACCUCAUAUGAACAAGUUUUUGAAGAAGCAAGACAUCAACCAUACAUUCAUUCUUGUGAAUCAGGUGGAUUCUUAUCGGUUCAAUCGGGCAUCUCUCAUCAAUGUGGGAGUGAUUCAUGCCAAGGGACUUGCAGACUAUAUUGCAAUGCAUGAUGUGGACCUGCUCCCCUUGAAUGACCAGCUGUCGUAUGAGUAUCCUAAAGGUGGACCAAUGCAUCUGGCUGCGCCUGGGCUCCACCCAAAGUAUGAUUAUGAGACAUUCAUUGGCGGCAUUUUACUCAUUACUGUAAAUGAUUUUUUGAAAGUGAAAGGAAUGAGUAAUCAAUAUUGGGGUUGGGGCAUGGAGGAUGAUGAGUUCAAUGCCCGACUGGGUGAAGCAGGUUUGAAGGUGCAGCGGCCAACUGGAAUCGAAACCGGGAAGCUGAACACAUUUCAACACAUCCAUCAUGGUCCUCGGGACUCCUGGGUCUGUUACGACCAGUAUGAAGUGACGAGGAAGAGGGAUCGGGUUACAGGCAUAGAUGAUGUUCAGUACAAAAUGCAGUCUGUGACGAACCUCACUGUGGAGACCAUACCUGUCGUGGUGUUGAAUGUUGAACUGAGGUGUGAUGCAAGCCACACACCUUGGUGUGACUGUUCCAAGACAACUAAGAAACCACCAGGCAGAAAAAGAGAUCCAUCUGAAGAUAGGGCUGAUGUCAUAGCUCCUUUGAUUCGAAAGUGGACAGCAAUGGAUAAGGAAGGCAGAGUCACUCCACACAUUCCAGAACGGCAGAAUGAAGUUUCUACCCUGUUGCAACUCUUAGGAGAGCGGAUGCAGCAUUUACCACCAGCAAUCAUAAUCACAGGACCACCAUCAAGUGGGAAAUCUUUUGUGAUGCGGGGAGUUCUGGAGAGCACGGGAGAUGCUUUUGUUUUCAUCAAUUGCAUAGAAUGCUAUACUGUCAAGCUCCUGUUUCAGCUCAUCAUUCUGAGGAUAACAGAUGUGCUUGGUGAGAAGUGUGCCGAUGAGUACAAAUACGACAAUUCCAUGGACUUCAUCCAUGCUCUCAGAAGUAUCCUCCAAGGAGCUCAAAGGAGGAUAAUCCUUGUGGUUCGAAUAGAAGUCAACACUUCUUGCAAUAUCGGCAAAACGGAGACCAAUCACUUGAGGCGGAUUGCGUUCGAGAUCCUGAACGUCGCGAAUUUCUUGACCAAUUACGUCGAGACUCGAGAAGGGAUUGAGGGGGUUGGGAGUGCCACAGAGCAUCCGUUGGGUUUCUGCAAGUACAGAAAAGGUGUGAAGAAACUGAGACGGGUCAGGGCCGGGGCGAAAGUCAGGGGGACGGAUCUGGUGCUGACAAGAGCAGAGUAUUUGUGUGAUAUGCCUCCUCUGGUCCUCCCACUGAUCAUGAGGCUUCAGGACUUCACGUCUGCAAACCUGUCCGUCGUCUUCCUCAUCCGCACGUCCUGUGAAAAGUUCAAAUCCCCUCACAGCUUUCCAUUUCCAAUCCAGAUAUCUUUUCCCCAGUAUUCCAAAGAUGAUCUGGUGUCAAUCCUGAUGCAAGACUGCCCCCCUGGGGUAGAGCAACAUUUCUACAAGAAUUUCCUGAAUCUCCUCCUCAGUGUUUUCUAUCCUGCCUGUCGCAAUCUCUCAGAACUGCGGUUUCUGGCAAGGAACAAUUUCUCCAAGUAUCAAGAGCCAGUUGUUGCUGGAGAUGUCAGUGCCAACGAUCUGAGAAGGCUGUGGCGACACAUUGAGCCGCAGUUGAAGAGAGCCAUGCAGUCACUGUUUCUUAGGGAAGUCUCCAGUGCACAGUGGGAGAAGUUGCAAGAGGCAGGUGCAGUCUCCAGUCGUCGCUUACAUCUGGAGCUUCCCUUGUACUCCAAGUACCUUCUUUUGGCAGCUUAUCUGGCUUCCUAUAACCCUUCCAAGACUGACAAGAGGUUCUUCAUGAAGCAUCAUGGAAAACAAAGGAAGAUGUUGAAGAGCACCAAGAAGGAAAAAGCCAAGAGUCACCUGAUUGGUCCAAAGCCAUUCACCCUGGACAGACUUCUGGCCAUCUUUUACUCUAUCAUAGAUGAAAAAGUCAUCCCUUCUUCCAACAUCAUGUGCCAGGUGACAUCUCUGGUGACCCUGGGGCUUCUUGCACGAAUGAGAACUGAAGACCCUAUAAAUGCUCCAAAGUACAAAUGCCUUUUAUCAUUCCAACUCGCAAAGCAAAUAGCAAGGACUGUGGAAUUUGACCUGCUCAGCUAUCUAUACGAGUUUGUAUAGGAUGCUGCAAUAUCCAAGCCAAGUUUCAAAUUUUCAAUGAACUUUACCACUUGCCUGUGCAUCCAAGUUUCAAAUUUUCAAUGAACUUUACCACUUGCCUGUGCAUCCUUUUCAUGAAAUGAAUAAAAGCCCAAGAUGC